UGAACACAUAUAUUAUUUAUUUGUUUGGCAUAAUUUUUGCGUUGGCAACACUUCUUUGAUGUGUAUGACAAUUCGCAAGUGAGCGGUCACACUGCACACAUCUGUCAGAAGUCAGAAGCGAAGAAGAAGAGAAGCGCAGCAGAUUUGGUCCCAAGAGCAAAAGUAAUUGUGAAAAAUUCCAAAGUUGAAAACAAAAAACAGCCAAAGUGCGUGGCCAACAGCGGUUGCUCGCGUGCCAACAGUUACAGCAACAGCAUGGCCACCGAGCAGCGUAUUCUAAAGCAAGACGGUUACCUGGAUGUGGGCGACAAUAGCGGAGCACCCGCUCGUCCGUUUGAGAUGCGCAACAUCGUCUACCAUCCGCAAUUGAAUGUACUGCUGUUGUUCGGCUGCAAUAAUGUUGUGAAGGUUCUGGAUGUCAAUUCUGGAGUUGUAUUGCAGACCUACAAACUGAGUACAAAUGGCGAGAGCGUCGUUCAUGGUCGUUACAUGCCCUUGCAAGAUAAAAUCUUGUUCUGGGAUGGCCACAAUGUGGGCUUGCGCGGCGACUACAACGGCGUCCUGCUGCUGGAUACCAUAUUGCAGGCGCCAAUUGGUCAGAACGACGACUACAUUAAGCUGGAGAUCAUAUUGUCCGAGGCUAUCAUCUUUCAGCACUGCAUAAACGAACUGGAGAGCGAGGGGCUCGAGUGUCCCUGCGACAUAAGCAACGAGCUCACCCAGAAGAUAAACAAGGCCCAACUGAAUGCCAAGAAGGGCAUCAAGGCUCAGCGGUGGAAUACAAUAUGUUUGGAGGUGCCGUAUUCCAGCAUGAAGCUGGUGGCCAACAACGUGGUCAUCCUGCUUAAGCGUCUGGAGCGUCACAUUCCCGUGCUGGCCAUAGCAUCCGCCAUCAAUGAGCGCCUCACAGACAUGAUGAUGGGCUCACGGGUGCCCGAUUUUGGUUGGAAUUUCAGCAAUUUUAAGCGCGUGCUCAUGCACUCGGAGGCCGUGCGCCGCCAGACAUUCGAGAAGUGGCCCCACAUGGACUACAAGUGGGCGCUGCCAGAUCAAAUGGCACAGGCCGGCUUCUACCAUCAGCCAUCGUCCUCUGGCGAGGAUCGUGCCAUGUGCUUCACGUGCAACGUAUGUCUAGUUUGCUGGGAGAAGACCGACGAGCCCUGGAGCGAGCAUGAGCGCCAUUCGCCCAUCUGUCCGUUUGUCAAGGGCGAGUACACGCAGAAUGUACCCCUGUCCAUCACGUAUGCCACCAGUCCGGCCCUGUCGGCACCCGGCCUCGGCUUCGACAUCAUCUCCAACAGCGACUAUGCCAAUGUGCUGUGCACCAGCUGCUCGCAGACGGGCGAGCUGAGCGUCUGGAGCAUCGAGCGACAUCUGAGGCUAAUGUACAGCUUCCACGUGCCGACCCUGCUCAAGGAUGUGUUCGAGGAGAGCUUCGAGUGGGCCCGCGUGACGGCCAUCUGUGUUCUGCCCAAUGCCCGAGCCCGCACCAAGGUCAACUAUGUCUAUUCCGCCGCCAACUAUGGGGGCUCAAGCAGCGGCAGUGGUGGCGGCGGCUCACAUGCUGGCUCCAAUCAGACCAGCGGCAAAUUUGGCAGCGUCAAUGCCCAGCAUAUAACCUCCACAUCAACGUUGCGUGCGGGCGUCGUGGGCUCCAAGAUUGUGCUGGGCGUCAGUGUGCGCCAGAGCAGCGGCGAGGUGGCCCUGCGCAUGGUGGUGCUGAAUAUUGUGGAGGUCGAUCGCCAGAGCGAGACCUCGGCCUGUGUGAGCAACGACAGUGGGAGCGUCUCUAGCGUUGGGGGAAAUCUCAAGAAGACCUCGUCACAGAUUGUUACGGGUACCGCCUCCUCGAGUGAAGCCAAUGGCGGCGUGGGUGGAAUCGUUACUCAAGAGUCAAAGGACGAUGACAACAAGGCCAUGACACCGUAUGAGAAAUUUGCCGAUGGCUUCGACAGCAAUGGCUUUGUGUCCGCUUUGAUGACCUACAACAAGAACAACGGUGCCAGCCAGCAUGCGGACGAUGCCUCUGUGUUGUAUGACUUUGAUUUGUGCACACUGUCGCAGAUAUUGGACCAUAAUCUGGAGGAUCCACUGGGCGGUCUGAUGGUCACCUCGAAUACCGUCAAUGUGGGCAGUCUUCCUGCCAUGGGCAAUGACAUGGACAAACUUGUCGACGAUGCCGAGAUGACACAUCAGAAUAUCAACAACAACAACAACAAUAACAACAAUAAUAACAACAACAACAAUGAUGGCAACUCUUUGGGCGGCAGCACAAACAACAACAAUAACAACAACAACAAUAAUAAUAUAAUGCUAAAUGGAAGCAACAGCAGCAGCGACAAGCUGUCGGCCAGCGAGGAGAUCGACUGUGUGGUGGAGAGCUGGACGAGCGUGAAGCGUAUGAAUGCACUGGAUGGGGGAGCGGUAAGCGGCGAGAACGGUGCCGUGCCCAGUGCAGCCCAUGAGAUUGUGGAGAUAGCCGAGAUAAUGCCUUCAACACCGAAAUGCAAUCAGCUGUUGGUUAAAUUGCUGCGCACCAAGGCCCCAGAAACGGAGGGCAGCAAGAUCAUCAUGGCCACCGUGGCCAAGGAGGAUGAGGAGGAGGAACAGGAGACAGAUGAAUGCAUGGAUACGGACAACAAUGCCGAGUGCAGUGUGGCCGCUCAGCUUUUACUCUUCGACUACGAUGAUACGCAGAUAUCGCAUGACUAUACCCUAGCCAUGACCUUCAGUCGGGCCAAGUGUCCCAAGCAGCUGUGCGUCCUGCCCCACUUCAACACCUCGCCGGAGCACAAGGAGAUUGGCGCCAUUUGUGUGGUGUGUGCCGAUGGCAGCGUUGAAAUAUACUCGCUGGCCGAUUUCCAGACCACCACCGUGAUCGAACAGGAGGGGGAACACUUUGAGUCCGUCGUCUACUGCCGCAACAUGGACAGGCUGUGCUGUUGUUCUCGCCAAGGCGGUUUGCUCUUCUACUCGCUAAAUGAGGGCGACAACGACUCCGGUGAUGAACUGCUCGAACUGGAGGAUGAGUGCAGCACAACCCUAACGCAGACGACGCAGGCAGGGGAAUUGAGUGUCACAGACGGCACUGGUCGCACCUUGGCGAUCGGUCACGAGCAGGACGGCAGGCUGUUGACCGUGAAUGAUAGCAUUAGUGUGGAUGUGGGCACUGAGGGCACGGGGGCAUCCACAUCAGGAGCAGCCGCCACACACCAAAGUGUGAACGUGCAGACAUCACCGUCGGCCCAGUCGAUGGGCUCGAGCAAUGCAAAUUUUCUAGCAUUCAAAACCACCGACCUGACGCUCGAUGACCUACGAGUGUUCCAUGCCCUCACACAGUUCGAUGACAAGCUGACCCUCUACUCGGCCGAAGUGCCCAGCUGCUGGAACGAUCUGGGACAGGUGCAGAAGCAGCGCAAGCAAUCCCAGAACAUGCGCCAUGGCGGCGAUGAGCGUGACUAUACGCGCACCUGGCGCCUGCACAACGAUGCCACCACUUGGGAUGAGCAUAUCAUUGAGCUGAAUCUGGCACAGCCAGUGUCCCUGGGUCACAUUGAUCUGAAGUUCACGGUGUACCAGCAAUGCUCCAAUCCGGCGGCCAUACAGGUCACCCUGCUCAAGCAGAAUAACAAUGGCUUUGGCUAUCGCAUGAAGGGACCCCAUGCCAGCUACAAGCCGAACGUCAUUGACGACAACAUUGAUCUCUCCUACAUUGCCAAUGAAAAUCCCGUACUCAGCGAGGAAUAUCUACUGGCGCACAACGCAGAGGUACUGGCCGGUCCCAUCGAGCUAUCGUCCUGCAUUGAUGUAUGCGAUCAAGGAGGCACUGCCACGCUGACCUCACCGAAGCUAUUCAAGACUCGUACACGCAACUUUUUGCUGCACAUCAAGACGGUGGCGGAUCCAUCCAAAGAGGGGCAGACCAAGACAAGGGCAUCCUCCCCACGACGGCACAAGCGCCGGCCCCAUCAUAUAGAGGUGUUGGUUAAUCGCCAUAAAUCAAAUAAUCACUCGAAUCCAAAUCCGAAUCCGAAUCCUCCUCCUCCCUCCCUGAGUGUGAGUCCAAGCCAAGCUCAACCCACUCAAGUCAAGAAAAUCAUUAACGCUGGCUAUAGUAUCAUACAUUUGAGCAAGGCAAAAUUGAACUCUGCUGGUCCUGGUCAGCUUCCAAUCCUUACGAUUUCAAAUCAAACAUCGCCAGAGCCACCACCUCCAGCUGCAGUUGAUCCAUUUUCUGCUCCUUCUGCUGGGGUACUGAGUAGGGAAGGCUGCGACUGGCUGCAUGAGAUCUCCAUUAGUGUGAGGGCUGUCAAGUCGCAAAGUCGCAUCGUAAAUGCGAGAAUGCAGCGCAUUGCCAUGCUGGAGAGCAAUGGCCUAAUGGAGCAGCUGCUGCGCAUUGCUAGCGAUUCGGGAUCCACGCCGCUGACCAAGAAUCUGGCCCUCGACAUCCUCAAUUGGAUAUGCUUCAUACGGCUGAACCGCUUCCGUUCGCCGAAAUCCGAGCGGAUAAAGGAUCAGAUUAACAAGCAGACGGCAGCCAAUAUUCCCGAUCUGCUGGCCCAGCAGUUCGAGUGCAUUUCCCUAGCCGAGAAGCAUAUUGAGCAGCUGAUGCGCAACUGCAUCAUCUACAGCGAGCGUAGCACGGCCCACAAGUGCUCCAAGCUGAUAAUAAUGCUUACAGAGGGCGUGACCAAUCUGCCCACGGAGUUGCAGCUCUUCACCACGCUGGACUACACCAUUAAGGAGGCUAUCACAAACACCUUCCACGAGCUGCCACGCGCACAGACCGGCAGUGUUGUGCGCUGGUACACCAUGCUCACGUGCGCCACAUCCACGGCCGAGUCGAACAACAGCAUAUCGGAGCAGGCCAUCAAUUUGCUCAAGGAAAUUGCCGGCGAGAUAGACAAGCGCUGGGAUCCCUGCUGCGCAUUGCUGAGCACACGCUUUGGCCUCUAUGGCUUCCCAUUCGAGCCGGAGAUCUUUGAUUUUGAUUUCCCCAAUCUCAAUCGCGUUGGCACCAGCUCCUCUGUGGGCUCCCUGACGAAUGUGAUACGCAGCAGUUCGGCAAUUCUGCCCGUAACGGCACUGGACAUAAAGCGUUUGAGUUCGAUUGAUGGCGUCGACUUUCGGACGUUUCCCUAUCUGAUACGCGGCAAAAGCAUCAGCAAUCAGUUGCGCGGCCUACUGGAGGUGGUCCAAUUGCAUUUCAACUGUGUGCAAACAUCGGAGGCCACUCGCAUCGACAACAUCGACAGUGUGGGUGGCGCAGCGGCCGCCAGUCUAGUUAUUGACGAUGUGCUGAUACCCAAGCUGUUGGUGGCCAAGGACAAGAAUGACGAUGUGUUGAACGAUCUGGUCAACGAUGUGGAAUCCAUGGUGGAGGAAAUCACGGACAAGGAGGGGAAGAUCGACUUUGAUUCGUUUGGCAUGGUGAAUGGCUUCAAGGAUAAGUCCGUUUCGUCGCUCACCGAUCUGGAGCAUGCCCUCAAGGAGGAGGUUAAAAACCAGAAGGCCGCCAUUAUGGACAAGCUGAAGCUGUCACAGUUCCUGCCCACGCUCUCCCUGCUGGAUAACUACAUUCUCAAGAAGCAACAGCAUGCCAUGGAUGCAUCGAGCAAGCUGGAUAACUGGGAAAUGACACCGACAUCCAAGGCUCAGUUGGCAUUGGAGACCCUGAAGCCAUUUGCUGGAAUGUUGCCAAUACAGGCAAUGGCACAGGCAACAGCAGCAGACCCAGCAGCAGCAGCAACAGCACCGCCACAGCAACCAGGAGUCGGAACAGGGACUGGGGGAACUGGCGAAAGCACCGUCGUUCUCGAUGAUGCCGCCGAAUGCGAAAAGAUUAUGGAAAAUCUCAGCGCCAAUCCGUGCCAGCCGAUUGCCUGGCACAAACUGAUCACGCCGCCGCCCAAACAAAUGAUCAUCAUCGAUCGCAUGCACUCUGGUGCGAGGCGGUUUGUGGUGCUGGACUUUGGCCAGCACAUCCUGCUAACAGAUGUGGUGAUACCCUCCUGCGACGAGCUCACGUCCCUGACCAUCGACAUCUGGUGCUUUGACGAGGAGACGGACUGCACGCGUCUCGUCCAGGUGGCGGAUAUCCAGACCAAGACGUUGGUGUUAAGCGACAUACAGCCGCCGCCGAUCUGUCGCUUCAUGAAGGUGACCAUCAUUGGGCGCAUCGGGAUGUCGUCCACCAAGUGCAAGGUGCCGCUGGGUCGCUUCUUUGGCCAUCCCGUUGUGCUCGAGCACGACGGUUAUGGGGAUCAGUUGAUGCGCUUCAUCAAGCAGCCCACUCAGAAUCUGCAGGCGCAGCUCAAGUCGCUCAACGCCCUGUACGAGGAUGUGCACUGUCGCUACAGCUUGGCCAGCUCCAAGCUGAUGGAUGUCCUCGCGCCCAUGCGCCACAGCGAGCUCUCCAACGUGGCCCAUCUGCAGGCGUUCAUCAACAAGCAGCGCGACGAGGAGCUCGGCCAUCUGGACACCAGCAACAAGGUGGUGUCCCUCUACGACGAGUGCAUGCUGCUCCAGUAUCAAAUCAAUGUCAUUAGGAAUGUGGUGCUGCGCCUGGAGCGAGCCGUCAACCCCCAUUUGGUGUGCACGCCACCGCCCGGAACGGGUCCGCUCACAGAGGAAACGCUGCGUGCUGCCUCGCAGGACAAACUGCGUGUCCUCAGCCUCACCUUGGUGGAGGUGCUGCUGCACUUUUCCAUCGAGUAUGGCAUCAAGAACAUCCUGCCCGUCUAUCAGCGCUUCAAUGCGGCCACAGCCAAGGCGCUGUUCAACUCCCUGGUGGUCUAUGGCGAUGCCCAGCUGCAGCUGGCCACCUGCUCCCUUCUGGUGGUCAUGUGCUGCUUCCAGCCAUGGUGGGGCGACUUUCUGGCCGACACCUUUUGUAGCCUCUUUUCCGCACAGAAUUGCAAGGCCUUUCCCCAGGAUCGCAUAUUCUUUUUGCUCACGUAUCUGGGACGCCGCAGCAUUGCCAUGGGUGCCUGUCGCUCGAUUGUGAUUGAUGCCGUGCUCAAGACACUCCUUAAGCUGCUGGCCCCCAUUUCGCCGCACUACAAAUUCCAGUCGGAGCAGCCGAGCACCUCGGCCAGUGCCUCAGAGCGUAGCGCCACCAUGGGCAGCACAUCCGAUCUGCAGCUGAUCACCUGGCUGCUCCUCUUCCUCUCCGUGUGCCUGGACGACAAUGAGCGCAAGGAUAAAUCUGCAGCUCGAUGGGAUUUCAUGAGCUGCGAAAGCGACUUCACCAAGUCAAGGCCCAGCAAUGUGCCAAAUAGCAAACAGUUGCGCUGCUUCAAGAAGCGCAUCAUCCAACAGAGCAAGUACUCCGUUCAGCCCUACACAGAUUGGGGCAAGAAGAUAUACAUGAUUCAAAACGAGGUAAUGACAAAUCAUCCUGGCAUAUUUAUGGAGCUGUCCACCAAAGCAAAGAGCAGUGGGGCCACCAAAACGACAACAACAGCCAGCAAGAUCAAUAUGGCUGCGGCAAGCAUGUUUAUGUCGAGUGGCGGCGGCCUGCCAAGUGGCAGCAGCGCCACGAAGAGUGCGGCCACUUCCACGUCUUCGCCGAAGCAUGCGGAAGGAGGUGCCGCUGGCGGCGAAACUGAGCGGGAUAGUAACUUUGACAAAGGCCUGAAGACGCUGCGCAUGGCGAACAUUAAGGUCGUCAUUCGUGGAUUGUUUGCCCUGCUGCUUGAGAUGGACUUUGACUGCAAUAUGGAUCAGUUUCUGCUCACCUGCAAGGUGAUUGCUCGCCUGGUGGCCGCCUGCCGCCCCUCAGUGCAGCUGUGCAAGAUUGUGACCACUGCGCAGCUGGAGCAGCUCGUUCGGCUGGCCGUGUGGAACGAUCAGCAGCAGCCGUGGGCUGUGCAUGCCAUUACAUGUCUGCUGCAGGAUCUGCUCGAUGCGGACAAGCAGUACAGAGACAGCGAUGUGACGCCCACCAACGAUGCACCGCCACGGCCCAUGGAGCCAGAGGUGCAGGAAGUGCGCGAUAUUUUCAGUGAUUUCACAUCAUCGUCUUCCUCAUGCUCCGAGGCACAGUUCGAGAUGCUAAUGCCGACAGCUCGAGAGUUUUAUCAGGAGGCUGUUAAAUACAACUACUUGCCCUCCCUAAUCGAAUGCGAUGAUGCGGAAUUUGAUGAUAUGCUCAACGACAUUGACAUGAUUGAGCGCACAAAGCCUGUGACCAAGAAGGAGAGCAAUGCCCUCUGCAAGAACACCUUCAACUUCUUCUGCAAGUCCAUUUCGGUGGCAUUGGACUCACGCCUGGAUGUGGGCUUGGAGCUGCAUGUGGAAACGCAGCUGCGCCGCCUCACCAAUCGCACCUCGUUGGAUCUGUACGCCUCCCUGCCGCAAGUGCUGACCAAUGAGUUUGUUUCGCCACCGCCCGAGGCGGCACCCUGGCCAGAGUAUUUGACACAGCUGUGGUCCGGCUCGGAGUACAAUGGCCGCAACACCUAUGUGAUGUUCAAGAACGUCUUCGACUCGAUACUGGCCGAUCUGCACUACGAGGACACGUGGGUGCAUCUGGAGCAGGUGCUGCAGAUGUGGCUAACGCUCAACUGCGAGCUGGCCGAGAAGCCCUACACCACGGGCAUCUCCCAGACGGACGUGCCCAAGAUACCGUUUGGGGCCAAUGCGGUCCAAGGACUUCUGCUGGCCCUGGCUUGGCACAAUGACAUCAAACUGCGCACCUGGUGCCUGGGCUUCCAGUGUCUGCUGCUCGCCUGCAACUCCCAGCCCAUUGGCGAUGAUGCCGACUGCACGCGAAUCAAUGAGGUGAUUGUGAACGAUGAGAACUUUGAGAAGAUGCUGCUGCGUUUCUUCUCCGGCUACGGCAUGAGCUCAUCCAUAAUCACGAAUCGCUGUGCUGGACCCACCAUCUGCAAGCAUCUGCAUGAGCUGCUGCUCUGGCUGCAUGGCAAGACCGAGAGCAGUGGCAUUCCCUGCAAGCGCCAGCUUAAGGAUAUUCUGCUACAUGUUGUACUGCAGCUGGUGCAGCCUGGAGGAGCCAUUAGCAAUCAGCAGGGACCCAUAGAUGCACAGAAUCAGCUGGUGCGCGACCUGCUCAUGAUGCCCAACGACAAGGGAGAUCUCAACAUAGCCCUCAAGAUCACCGAAAGUGUUUCUUUCCUGGUGUUCAACAACAUUUCCAAUGGCGAGAAACUGCAGUGCCAGCGUGGCAGUGAGACGGGCAACAAUCCGGGCAACAACUUUAGCAAUCUGUUUGCCAAUGUCCUGGGCUCAGACAAUCCCAUCAAGCAGAAUUCCACGAUAUGCGACAACUCGCUGAUCAUAAAUCUGCUACGAUUAUCCACGCACAUGGUGCUCACAGAGAUGCCCAGGCAACCAAGCGAGGUAACCAUUCCGGAGGAGGAAGAGCUCUCCAAUGAAAGCCAGACGGAUGAAACCAAGGCAGAGCAACUGAAUACGGAAGGGCAUCGCAGCAAGGUGCCCUGCAUAGCCGAUUGGGUCCUGCGUCAAUUCCCUACGAUGAAGCGACUCUUUGGCACGCUCUCCCAGUGCUCCACGAGUACGUUCUCGAUGAUGACCUCUGGUGGCUUUCUGCUGCUCAAAUCGAACACGGUACUGGAUGAUCCCCAGACAAUUGCCGAUGCCGUCUUCAGCCUGAUGAUAACACUCAGCGACAAGGCCUCCAAUCCACGACUAGUAGUAGCCCCCAUCUGCCAAUAUCUCGCAGAGACCACCAUUCAGCGAAAUGCAACGCUGCCGCGGCUGCCGCUAUCGGAGCCCUUCCUGUGGUACAUAUCCAAGGUGCUGGAGGUAACGGCAGCCGUGCAGACCUUCACCCAGCUGGGGGGCAUACACAUUAUCUGCCACAAUUUGGUGCGGCUCAACAAGACGAUAAUCAACAUGCAGCCAGGAUUGAUCUCGCUGAUUAUGCAGCACAUGACGCGCAAUACACGCCUCAAGCUGAACACCCACAUGGCCGCCAGCAGUGCCUGCAAGAAGACCACCACCAGCACGGGCGCCACAUCGGCGCCUGCCACCCAGCAUCCACAGCGCAGCGGUGCCCAGUACGAUGGUCUCAUCAAUUUUGCCCCCUUCUCGCACAUCGUGUCCGAGAAUGAUGCGGCCCAAAGUGCCGAGGUGCUCAUAUCAAAUCCCAAUGCGACGCAUCGGCGUCCGCGUUCCCCGGCCUGGAGCUACAUGUUCUAUCCGAAUGAGACGCACGUUGACCUGACCAUCACGCUGCCCACGGCGAUUCUGCUGAAGGAAGUGCAGCUGGUGCCGCACACCUCCAAUCUGGCCUCCUGCCCCUCCGCAGUGGCCCUCGAACUGUCGCGAGACUAUGGCGUGGGCUCCAUUCCAAUUGGUGCGCCCAUGGCCACCACGGGACUCACCUGCAUCCGGCUCAAGUUGUCCAAGGCGGAGGUGGCCACCAGCAUUGUGAUCAGGCUGUACAAACCCAAGGAUUGUGGGAAUGUGGGUCUGGUGCAGAUUGCCGUGCUCGGCCAGACAAUAUUCGGAAAUCGCAUGCAGGGUCUGCGCUCGCAGGGUCCGUUCAUGGACUCACUGGCGUCGUGCUCGUCGCCGCUGCAAACGGCAGCCAUGUCCACCAUAGAUGCCGAUGCCAUGCCGGAGGAUGAUGCAUUUGCCAAGACCAGCAUCGGCUGGGUGCGCAUCCUGUCGCGAUGCUUCCAUGUGGCUGCCCUGCAGCCCGAUACCAAGCUGGCCGACCUGAUUGCCGCCUAUCCGGCUGCCUAUCCCGGCUUCCUGGAGGCCUGCUGCUCGCUGCUGAACAUCAUGCCAAUGAUACCGAGCCUGGCCCAGCAGCAUCUGGAGACUAUACUGCUCAAGCUGGGCGCCUACAAUCACGAGCUCAGUCUGCAGCUGCUGCGAACGCUGCUGUGGCACACCACGCCCCAGGUCUUUAAGCUCUCCAGCGAUGCUGUGUGCGAUCUCAUCCACGAGGUGGUCACUGGCUCCGCGGAGCAUUUGCUGGACAAGCUGCGCGUGCUCAUCGACUGGAUUAUGCAGCUGCACGACAACUACAGCAAGCAGGCGCGCUGCAAUAAUCCUCAGAGUGGGUUCGUCAAGGUCAUUGCCUCGAUCCUGUGGCGGGUGCAGCUCCAGUAUCAGCUGCCAGAGCUGCCGCAGCUUGUGUCCUCGUCGCUGUUUGAGACCUGCUUCGAAUGGGUGUCUGUCCUGGAGCAAGAUGAGCCCCUCAAGAGCAGCUUCGAUUCGCUGCUCUGUGCGUUGUGUUUCAUCAAGCCGGAGCUGUUCAAUCAGCUGCUGGUGAAGCUGGGAGUGAAGCUGGAGCCGCCAGCUCGUGGCCAGACCGACGACAGCAAGGUGCAGAGCGGCAGCGCCUGGUUCCGUCGCGAGGGCAGUGAGAAUCUCACGGUUCUCCUCGAACGUCCCACAUUCCUGAAAACUCUGGCCCUCGCCUGCCAGUCCCCGGCGGCUGUCUAUCAAAUGCUGGACUCUGGACUGCCCAAGCUGCUGGCCCACGCCGUCUACGAGUACUGCACUCACCUGCUGGCGGGCUUGGAGCAGCAAGAAGCUCCUCCCUCAGCUUCAGCUACAGCUCCAGCUCCAGCUGAGGCAGCGGCACCAACUGAUGGCCAGCAGGGCUCGUCUCUUACCGACUUUGACAAGGCGGAGGCGCCCCCAGGUGCCAACCACAACAGCCCCCCCAACACUCCGCUGCUGAGCAGCUCGGUUGUGCCCAAAGUGCUGGACUUCUUUGCCGAGUGCUGCGCGGAGGGACCCAUGCGCAACUGGCUGGGUACGAUGCAGGGCUCCGUGUUCUGGAAGCCGCUGCUGCAGCUCCUGUGCCACACGCACUCGUCGCAGUUCAGCAAGACGCUGCCCAUGCAGCAGUCGUUCAUUCGCCUGGAGCGCUCCACCAUCAACUUCCUGACGCGCGUGAGUGCCUGCCAUCCCGAGAACCAGGAAGUGCUCACCUCCCUCCUCAUCGGAGCCAUCAUCUGCAAGCCGCUGCGGUCUGUGCACGGCACUCGCCCGACCAUUUCCGGCUUCACGCGGCAGCUGGUGUUGCAGCUGCUGCUGGAGAACGAGCACAUCACCGUCGCCGUUCGCAGCCAGCAUCCGCUGCAGCGGCGGGAUACUCUGUCCACCAUCAUGGGUGGUGGUGGCGGUGGUGGGGCUGCGGCUUCGAACUGCGGCACCAGCACCAGCCUGCCGGUGGCGGCAGUCAACAAUCAUCCGGCCAAGCGCAGCAGUGCCCACGACAUGCUCUUCAAUGUGACCACGAGCACGACCUGCCAGGAGAUUCUCAUGAAUUGCGUUAGUGUGUAUAGUAACUUAGUGUACAAACCACCAACAGAUCCGCGCGCUGGCGAGCCCUCCGGCAGUGGCACAGCAGGUACCACAGUUGCCGCGGGAGCUGGUGGCAAAUUCAUCAAUCCCAAGCAGGACAAGAACUGGGACAAGAAUUGCUACAUCAACCUGAGCAAUGUGGAUCUGAGCAGCCUCGAGUUCCUGAGCGUGGGUGCCGCUGUGGCGGCCAAGGACAAACGCAUCAAGGAUGCCAAGAACAUACUGGCCGCCGUUAACAAGGACAAAGAGACGCAGACAACCAACGCGGCUGCCAAUGUAUUCAAUGUCGAAGAGUUUCUGCUGCCAUCGAAUGUGGCCAAGAAAAAUCAGCUGGUCGUUCCGGACUAUCCCAAUGUAGUGCUCUCUGGUGAUGCCACAAUCUCUCAGGUGCUGGCCACACUGGAGGCUGCCGGCCACUCGCUGGCCAUACCGUGUCUGACCCUGGAUCUGGUGCCCCUGCCGCACGGAGACGAGACCAUCGAUGACAAGAAGACAAAGGCAGCCUGCACAGAGCCGCUGCCAUCGCCGCUGCAACGCUUCUCCAGCAAUGGUGGCCUCUCCCUGUUGGCCCACUAUCUGCCCACGGUGUAUCCGGAGCACUCGGGUCGCAAGACCGUAAUGGUGGUCACUGAAAAGGAAAAGAGUCCACCGCUAGCGGACUGGGUGAAGCUGGAGCCAAACGAUGAGAUAUACGAGGAUCUGGAGGACACCAUUUGCGAGCCAGUGGCCAAGCAGACGCCCGUCAGCUCAGUGCCACAACAUUCGCUGGCCGCCUUUGGACUGUUCCUUCGUUUACCUGCCUACUCGGAGGUUCUGCUGAGGGACAAGUUGCGGGCCCAGUGCCUGCUGCGUUUGGUGUUGGGUGUUACAGGCGACGGCGAGGGCAAUGACAUCUACAGCCUCUCGUUGGCGCCAUCGCUGCCCACGCUGCCCUUUGAGGUCUUCCGCCAGCUGCUCGACACUGUGCCGUUGUCUACCGAUGAUGGAAUGCUGCUCCGCCGCGUGGUCAUCGAGGUGGGGGCCAUGCAUCUCGUGCUCAAUUGUCUGGGCAUCUUUUCGCAUCAGUCGCACAACAACAGGAUUGGAGCACCGAUCAACCAGCCCUCACCCAGUGGCAGUGGCAGUGCCAGUGUAGGUGGCACAACCACAACAACAACCACAAAUGGAACUGCCGCUGGAACCAAGAGCAGUGCAGGGGAUGAGCCCACGCCCAGUGGAACCUCGGAUGACAAGAGCCACAUGUAUUGGGCCAAGGGAACGGGCUUCGGCACUGGCUCCACCACACAAUCGUGGAACGUGGAGCAGGCGCUGCUGCGGCAGAAGAGCGAGGAGGAGCAUGUCACCGUGCUGCUGCUCGUGCUGGCCAGCUACAUCAAUCCGGGCGACUGCAUACCCAGCGACAUGUGCGGCGAGGACAUACUCGCCUAUCACGAUGUGCGGGACGUGACCGGGGAGCUGCCUGUCCUCUUCCAGACCCUGCUGCAGCAGUCCUGUCUGAUUCCCGCCCUGAGCUCGUAUCUGCGCAAUGAUUCCGUGCUGGACAUAACUCGACACAUUCCCCUGUAUCGUGCCAUACUGAAGCUGUUGCGUGCCCUCUCGCUGUCCAAGUCUCUCGUGUCGCUACUCCAGCCGGCGCCCAGCGCCUGCGGCGAAAGCACACCACCCAUCGCGGAGCUGCUGACGAACAUGAAGACCUGUGUGGACACCUAUGCCAAGCGUUUAAAAGUCAACAAGAAGUCGAACAUCAAGGGUCAGACCCAACCAUUGACAUUCAACAUUGAUGAUGGCGAUGACGAGGGACUGGCGCUGCUCAUACCGGACAUACAGGAGACGAGUGUGCUGGUGCAGAAGACCACCGAUGCCGAUGCUCUGAUCAACAUGCAGAGCAGCAGCGUGGAUGGCAGCGGCCAGCUGGAACGUCCCCUCAGCAAGUCGAUCGAACAGCGCUAUCUGGAGAUGAUGAAGAAGCGGCAGUUCGACACGUUCGACAUGAUUGUGGAGUCGGAGAACAACAGCUUUCGGUUCGUGGUGUCGCAUCAUUUUGAGAAAAUGGUGCGACUGGCGGGCGAUCGCUAUCAUCCGUCGCGUGUGAAGCGGCUGGCCCAAGAAGCGGUCACACUGUCCACUAGCCUGCCUCUGAGCUAUAGUAGCUCUGUAUUUGUGCGCUGUGAUACUGACAGAUUGGAUGUCAUGAAGGUGCUAAUAACUGGGCCAUCGGACACACCGUAUGCCAAUGGAUGCUUCGAGUUCGAUGUCUUCUUUCCGCCAGACUAUCCCAAUCUGCCCAUGCUCAUCAAUUUGGAGACGACUGGCCGCCAUUCGGUGCGCUUCAAUCCCAAUCUCUACAACGAUGGCAAAGUUUGUCUGUCUGUGCUGAACACCUGGCAUGGCCGUCCCGAGGAGAAGUGGAAUGCGCAGACCUCGAGUUUCCUGCAGGUGCUCGUCUCCAUUCAAUCGCUGAUCCUUGUCCCAGAGCCGUACUUCAAUGAGCCCGGCUUUGAGCGCAGUCGUGGGACGCCUAGUGGCACCAACUCGUCGCGGGAGUACAAUAGCAACAUCUAUCAGGCCUGCGUACGCUGGGCCAUGCUCGAACAGAUACGCAAUCCGAGUCCCUGUUUCAAAGACGUCAUACACAAACAUUUCUGGAUGAAGCGCGAGGAGGUCUGCACACAGAUCGAGGGCUGGAUUGAGGAGCUCAGUAAGCCGCAGUAUACAGAGCGGGCCAGCCGCACCAUAUCGUUCAACUCGAUGGUUCUGCGUCGACAUUAUCGUCAUUUGCGCGAGGAGCUGGCCAAGUUGAAGCCGCCACGAGGACUGGAGGAUCUGGAUGCACCAUUCAAUCCUGUUGCCACGCUGCCCCCAAUGGAUGUAUCCACGGCGCCAGUUGUCCCAGCCACAGCAAAUGCCCAGGUGGGAACGGAUGAUCCUAUAGUUCCGGAACUGAAUCUACUGACGGAUGAUGGGGACGACAGCGACAAUGGGCCUUGCAUCCUGGAUCCAGUAUCUGGCGUCCUCAAGGGCGUCGAGGAGGUGGUUGAAAUUUUGAGUGAUACCGAGAACGAGAGCAGUGCGUGGCAGGAGAAGGAAGAGGAGGAGGAGGAAGGCGAUGCCGACGCUGACGGCGAUGCCGAUGGCGAUGGCGAGGAAGAAUAAGAUCAGCUGCCCAAUGGAAAUGAUAGUGAUGCCCUAGGUUAUGGCAUUUCCCCUGCAGCUGUGUCUCCUGCCCCACCUCUGACCUUUUUGGCCCUGACUGCCACUGCUCAGACACUGGACACCUUUAUUUAAACACUAUAAUUUUUGUUUUACGCCAUUAGUUGUUUUAUUUGUAAGAGAGAGACUGCAACAGAACUUGGUGUGCUUUACUUAAAGGAACCGUAAUGAUUAAUGUUAAAAGAAGAAAAACAAACCUAUGAUAAUGAUCUUCAAGAAUAAGCAGCAGAUACACUUGCAUCCCCACACACAUCGCCACACACUCGUGCACACAUACAAAUGCAGAAGACACUCCCCUUGGAAAUACCAGGGACUUGCGAUUUCAAUAGAAUAUAUAUUCCUCUCCACGCCACUCCACUCCACUCUGCAUAUACCUUUGUAUCGGAGAAUAAUGUACCGAAUACACUGUACUUUUUAUAAAUGCUUAUACUACAAUACACAAACAGUUCUAUCCAAUUCUAGAAGAAUAUUCACCGGUGUGUUAUAGUAGAAUAUAGAAGGACCCUGCGUGCGACUUGCAUUGAGAAUAAUAUCAGCACCCUCUGACAGCACACACACAACACACAAGAAAAACCACCAAACCAAAAUUAAAUUAAUGUGUAUUAAACUAUGUAUGUAUGUGCGUAGUGAUUUAGUUAAAUAUUUACAGAUGAAGAAUGUAAACGUUAUUUUUCCGAUUGAAAUAAAACGCAGAUUCAAUUUUGUUUCCCCCAAAAAAUA